AUGCCCACAUGUUGUGUGAUUGCAGAGUUGUUUACAGAGGGUGUCCCACUCUUCGACCUUUCACAACUGCUGGCUUACCGUAAAGGACAUUUCCAAACCGAACAAGUGCUGAUGAAAAUUGAAGAUCGCAGUAUUAGAGAGCUGGUGGCACAAAUGGUGCAGCGAGAACCGGAAAAGCGUCUGACAGCUGAAGAAUAUCUAAAGCAGCAGCGAGGCAAAGCUUUCCCAGAAAUCUUCUAUACCUUCCUUCAGCCCUAUAUGGCACAGUUUGCCAAGGAAACCUUCCAGUCUGCUGACGAGAGGGUGUUGGUGAUUCGUAAGAACCUGGAGAACAUCCUCAAUAACCUGUGCAGUGGCGGGCAGACGGGGAAGACUGAAAAACAGGAGAAGGCAUCUCAAGAGCUUAGUUCAUCCAAGGAGCAAGGGCUGGUGGUGCUGGUGUCAGUGAUCACAUCCUGUCUUCAGACACUGCGUUUCUGCGACUCCAAGCUGGCAGCGCUGGAGCUGAUUCUUCAUCUGGCUGGCCGGCUGAAUGUGGAGAUUGUGCUUGACAGGAUUACACCUUACUUACUGCACUUCUGCAAUGACUCUAUGCCGCGGGUCAGGGCUGAGGCUGUCCGCACACUGACUAAAGUUCUGGCACUGGUCAAGGAGGUUCCUCGCAAUGAUGUCAGUAUCUACCCAGAAUACAUUUUACCUGGGAUUGCGCACUUGGCCCAAGAUGAAGCCACAAUUGUCAGACUUGCUUAUGCAGAGAACAUAGCGCAUUUGGCUGAGACAGCACUGCGUUUUCUGGAGCUGGUGCAGGAGAAUAAUUUGAGCUCCGAACAAGACCUCAAUGGGGAGGACACAGAAGAAACGCUUCACCCCAAUGAAAACUAUGAUUCAGAGCUGCAGGCCUUGCAUGAGAUGGUUCAACAGAAGGUGGUGACUUUACUGAGCGACCCUGAGAACAUCGUCAAACAGACACUGAUGGAGAAUGGCAUCACGCGCCUCUGCGUGUUCUUUGGCAGGCAGAAAGCCAACGAUGUCCUUCUCUCCCACAUGAUCACCUUCCUCAACGACAAGAAUGACUGGCACCUCCGUGGAGCUUUCUUUGACAGCAUAGUAGGUGUAGCAGCAUAUGUGGGCUGGCAGAGUUCCUCCAUCCUGAAGCCUCUUCUGCAGCAAGGCCUGAGUGACGCUGAGGAGUUUGUCAUUUAUAAAGCUCUCAAUGCUCUCACUUGCAUGUGUCAGCUGGGGCUACUGCAGAAACCUCACAUCUACGAGUUUGUCGGUGAUAUUGCUCCUUUCUUGUGCCACCCCAAUCUGUGGAUCCGCUAUGGAGCUGUGGGUUUCAUCACUGUUGUCGCUCAGCACCUAAACAUCGCUGACGUCUACUGCAAACUCAUGCCCCAUCUCAACCCUUUCAUCACACAGCCUAUUAUACAGAUUGAUAAGGAGAUUGUGUUGCUCAGUGUGCUGAAAGAGCCUGUAAGUCGCUCCAUCUUUGACUAUGCACUGCGUUCCAAAGACAUUGGAAGCCUCUUCAGACACCUGUUACUCCGCCAAAAAAAGCGCAAUGGCUCCAUCCCAGAAUGCCCUGUUCCUGAGGAUCCCGCAAUUGCCCAGCUGCUUAAGAAACUUCUUUCACAGGGAAUGACGGAGGCUGAGGAGGACAAGCUCUUAGCUCUGAAAGACUUCAUGCUCAAGUCCAACAAGGCCAAAGCCAACAUCAUAGACCAGAGCCACUUGAGUGAUGGAGCCCACAGCGGAGUCAUUGAUCUCAGUACACUGGGCAUCACUGGCCGACAGGUGGACCUCAUCAAGCCUAAGCAGGAGCCUGAAGACAAGAGAGCUCGCAAACAUACGAAACAGGACUCCAACUUGAAUGAAGAGUGGAAGAGCAUGUUUGGUUCUCUGGACCCUCCCAGCUUGGCGCAGACGCCCUCGACGGUACCUAAUGUUCUAGUUCCGAGCGGUGGUGGGGAGCCCAACGGAACUCUGGCCGGAGAGCGCCUGCGAUCUGAGAGUUCCUCACAGCCUCUUAACCUCCCUCAUGUUCCAUCCUCAGCCCAGAUUCCUGAAGGUGGAGCCAUGCAGCCCAGGAAAACCACAGCACUCCCUACUAUUCAAGUGGUACAGUCUGUAACCGGAGCAUCCACAUACCAACGGCGCAUCACGACAUGCAAGGCAGAGCUACAGCAGCUGGUGCAGCAGAAAAGAGAGCAAUGCAGUGCAGAGCGCAUGGCCAAACAGAUGAUGGAGAGCGCAGAAUGGGAGAGCAGGCCUCCACCACCAGGGUGGCAUCCAAAAGGUCUUCUAGUGGCUCAUCUCCACGAGCACAAAUCUGCCGUGAACCGAAUCAGAGUCUCCGAUGAGCACUCGAUCUUUGCUACAUGCUCCAAUGAUGGAACUGUAAAGAUCUGGGACAGCCAGAAAAUGGAGGGCAAGACGACCACCACACGGUCUGUGCUUACGUAUUCUCGGAUUGGAGGCCAUGUGAAAACACUGACCUUUUGUCAGGGGUCACAUUACCUUGCUGUCGCAUCAGAUAAUGGUUCCAUCCAGCUUCUUGCAGUUGAGGCAAACAAGCCACCCAAAUCACCGAAAGUCCAGCCCUGUCAGACCAGGUUCCUGGAUCCAAAGGAUGAGGGCUGUGCGGUGGAUGUACAUCACUUUAACUCGGGGGCGCAGACGGUUCUGGCCUAUGCCACUGUGAAUGGCUUUUUGGUGGGUUGGGACCUCCGCAGCAAUAGUAAUGCCUGGGCCCUCCGCCAUGACCUGCGCCUAGGCCUCAUCACUUCCUUUGCUGUGGACAUGCACCAGUGUUGGCUGUGUGUGGGCACAAGUAAUGGCACAAUGGCAUGCUGGGAUAUGCGGUUUCAGUUACCAAUUUCCAGCCACUCCCACCCAGCCCGAGCUCGAAUCAGACGCCUGCUGAUGCAUCCACUCUACCAGUCCUCUGUCAUUGCAGCUGUCCAAGGUAACAAUGAGGUGUCCAUGUGGGACAUGGAGACUGGAGACAGGAAGUUCACCCUGUGGGCUAGCUCUGCCCCUCCGCUUUCAGAGAUGCAGCCCUCUCCUCAUAGUGUUCAUGGGAUAUACUGCAGCCCUGCUGAUGGCAACCCUCUCCUACUUACAGCUGGAUCUGACAUGAGAAUCAGGUUUUGGGAUUUGGCCUACCCUGAGAGGUCAUACAUCGUUGCAGGCGGUGCAAACGACUCUCUUCACUGCCCUUCUGUGUUCUACAACCGCAAGAUCAUAGAAGGAACAGAAGUAGUACAGGAGAUCCACAGUAAACAGAAGAGCGGAUCCACUGAGGACACGCCUCGCCGGGGCCCAGAAUCCCUUCCUGUGGGUCACCAUGACAUUAUUACUGAUAUUGCGACUUUCCAGACCACCCAGGGCUUUAUAGUCACCUCCUCUAGAGAUGGCAUUGUCAAAGUCUGGAAGUGAGAGACACACUGUGCCAAGAUGGGACACCGUUUGUAUGAACGUCCGAUCAAGUGCACUGUAAAUUUAGAUAUAAUGCCAAUUAAUAUAAUGAAGUCAUUUAGGAUCAAAUCCAUUUUCAAAAAAUGAAAUGUAACUAUACUAAACAGUGAAAGCCAACAGUGUGUGUGUGCAGUUUGCUUUGUAUGUUUUUGUUUUUCUGUGCAACUGCUUUAUGUGGAUAUCAAGGUCAUAGAAUAUGACCACACUGCAGAAAACAGGACAUGGUGUGGUAAAACAGUGUUUCACACAGUAGUUAGUUACACUUAGUGUUAUUUCUGCACAGCUGAACCCAUGUAGUUUUGUUUCGAGGCCGAAGUGCAAGACAUGGAUGGGGAUGAAACUUCCAUUAUAAUCACUGUGUAAUAGUUAAUGAUAUUACUGAAUAAAUGUAAUGAUAAAUAUGUAUUUGAUUUUUUUUUUGUUAUGUCAGAUUACAUAAGUAAA